AUGACCUUCAAGAUCGUCAUUGUCGGCGGUAGCGUCGCUGGCUUGGCGCUCGCCAACAUGCUCGAGAAGUUCAACAUUGACUAUGUUGUUCUCGAAGCCUAUCCUGAGAUUGCCCCCCAGGUUGGAGCCAGUAUUGGACUAUUGCCCAAUGGCUUGCGGAUUCUCGAUCAGCUCGGUUGUUACGAAGCGUACCGGGCCAAAGCUGAGGACCAAGUAUACCAAAAUGCCUACCUCAGGCGAGAGAAUGGUGAAAUCUUCAGCUACCAACAUGAUUUGAUGGACAUGUGGGAGAAAAUGUUAGGAUAUCCAAUGAUCUUCAUCGACAGGCAGAUGCUUAUUCAAGUUCUGUACGAGAACUUGAAACACAAGGAUAGAGUGCUCACUUCUCAACGAGUUGUAUCCGUGGAAUUUACCGAAUCUGGUGCUCUUGUCACCACCAAAGACAACAAGGUCUUCAGCGGGGACAUUGUCGUCGGAGCUGAUGGAAUCCACAGCACGGUAAGGAAGGAGAUGUGGCGACAAGCGCCGACCGGAUACUUCCCCCUGGAUGAGGAAUCCAAGGUCCCUGCCUCCACUUUGUGUGUCUUUGGCAUCUCUCACAGGCCCAAGGCAUACCCCGGAGCCAGUCAGCACAACAAGAUGUCGCCUGGUCAUAGCUACUUUGUAAUGGCUGCGCCGGGAGACCGCGUGUACUGGUUUUUGUUCAUGGAGUUGAAGACUCUCUAUGGUAGAGAUAUCCCGAGGUAUACCAAGGCCGACGAGGAGCGUAUUAUCAAGCAGCACUGGGACGACCAGAUUCUGGAAGACAUGACACUUGGUGACCUUUACGAGAAACGUAUUGCUACGACGCUGGCGCCGCUUCAAACCUAUGUCUUUGAGAAGUGGCACUACAAGAGGGCCAUCACCAUCGGAGAUUCUGCACACAAGGUCGAUCCCGUGACGGGUCAAGGCGGUAAUGGAGCAAUCGAAUCAGCUGCACAUCUGGUCAACGCCUUGUUGCGUAAUCUUGACCAGACCCCCAGUGGUCUUAGUGAGAAGCAGUUGGAGAGCAUCUUUGCUGAGGUGCAAGAAAAGCGCUUUGAACGUGCUCAACACAUUGUCAAGCAAGGCUACUGGCUCCAGGACGCCUUCACGCUACGAACCAGAAUGGGUAAGAUGAUUGCGCGUUACUUAAUGCCUUUGCUGGGCUCCUUCGGAGUCGUCUACCGGGGCGUCGAGUUCUGCGCCCCCGCAACGAAGCUGGAGAGACUAGAAGUGCCUCAUCGUCCUAGAGCGGUGUUGUUCGAGGAUGAGUUGCCAGCGAAGCCACUCAAGGGCUUGGGCAGUCUGAACAAGCUCUUCUCUGUCGCAUUCAUGUGUAUACUCUGUGCCGUCGCGGCAGGGGUGUUGCGUCUGCCUAGGAGCCUGGAGACGCUGGUCGACGUCCUGUGCUCUUCCAACCAUGGAGAUGCGUCGAUGCUGCCGGCUAUCGAGUUCAUGACCAACACUGCGGCGCUCAUUGCUCUCGCCUUGGCUGACUUGAACCGCGUGGGAAACCAGCUGACAUCUGUGACCUUAAUCGUAAUCUUUACCAUCUUCAACAACACGCUCGGCCCAGGUGGUUUUGCCCCAAUUUCUUGUGUCUUUGCUCAUUGGUCUUGCAACACCAUUGUCGGCAGACACGUUCCCCUCGAGAACGCCAAGAGGGUGUUGCCCAUCACGGCCGCGGGAUAUCUCCUACCCGCAGCCGUCGCGCUGUAUCGCCAGGACGCAAACUCAAUCAACGUCUGGCGCAAUGCGCCAAUACUGUGCUUCUUGUUGGCUAGGAGUCUCUCUGUGUUUGGACUACAAUCUGGAUCUCAGCAACCUGAGAACGAAGAGACCAAGUUACAGAGCACGAGAGAAAAGUACCAAAACAUGUUCGCCAAGGCAGAUCUCCCGGUUCUUGGCCUUGUCUACUACACGACUCUGGCAAUCUCCGCAGUCAUCCAUCUCACCAAUGUUGCUCUCUUCGGUUUGAAGUACAGCUUGUUUGGUGGUGAGAACGCGGCCUUGAUGGCUCUGGGUCUGUCGAAGCUGGAUAUUCUGAUCUUCACGUUCUGUUCGCUGCUGCUUGCCCUCGGCACGGCGCCGUGGAGUUUGCGACUUUGCGGAUACAUCAACACGAAGAAAGCCUUGACUCAGGCCGCAGCAGUGAUUCUGGGAUCGGCCGUUGUUGGUCCCGCGGCAACGCUCGCAGGUAUUACUGCGUAUCGAGAGGGUAUUGUCGCAGGUCUGAGCCAGUAG